CUUGUUUUCUAAUCCUUAUCACCUGCUUAAAACCCUUUGCCUGUCCAUUUCCUUCUAGGAAAAUUCUAUUUCCAAAGACGAAAAAAAAAAAAAAAAAACACUACGGUGCAAAGAACGAAUAUUCAUGGAAGAGAUUAUGCCCCCCUAUUCUCCAUCUUCACUUCUGUCAGUUUGUCAAGAAUCCUCGCCCUCUCUCCAACAACGCCUCCAUGUCAUCCUUCAAAGCUGCCCUGGAUGGUGGAUCUACGCCAUCUUCUGGCAGGUCUCCAAGAAUGCCAGUGGCCACCUUGUUUUCUCAUGGGGUGAUGGCAAUUUCCGUGGCUCUAAAGAAUUUUUGACCAAACCUAGCAACACGCUGAACCAACACAAAUCUGGAUUCAAUCUUGAAAGAAAAGCGUCUAAAGAGCUCCAAGCUCUUUUCAGUGAUGACAUGGACAUGGACAGAUUGGCAGACGCUUAUGAUUCUGAUUAUGGGUGGUUCUAUAACGCAUCCGCAACGCGAACUUUCGCUGUUGGAGAAGGAAUUGUUGGCCAGACAUUUGGUUCCGGAGGUUUCACUUGGUUGACUGAUGAUCAUAGGCUACAAUUAUACCGGUGUGAGAGAGUUAAAGAGGCUCGUAUGCACGGGAUACAGACUUUGGUCUGUGUUUCGACUUCUUGCGGAGUUGUUGAAUUGGGCUCUUCUCACAUGAUCAACGAAGACUGGAGCCUGGUGCAAUUGUGCAAAUCCCUUUUCGGUGCAGACGUCGCCUGCUUGAUCUCCAAGCAGCUCAGCCACGAAUCUCAGCUUCAAAUUCCUGACCGAGGUGCUUCUUUCCUUGAUAUUGGAAUGUUUUCAUGUGCUCAAAUGGAGACAUUUCCAGAGAAGCAAAACGAAGGCGACAAAAAGAGAGAUGCUUCUGCUUUUGGUCAAGGCCGGUCGUCUUCUGACUCUGGGCCUUCUGAUUCUGAUGUCAAUUUGGCUGCUGGAAAUACUAACGGCCGGUUCAAGAAAAGAGGAAGAAAAACAAAUGGCAAAGAAUUGCCUCUAAACCAUGUCGAAGCGGAGAGGCAGCGGAGAAAGAGACUUAAUCACCGAUUUUAUGCACUCCGAUCUGUGGUUCCUAACGUGUCCAAGAUGGAUAAAGCAUCUCUACUUGCAGAUGCAGUCACUUAUAUAGAGGAGCUCAAGGCCAAAGUUGAUGAAUUGGAGGCCAAACUGCAAGCAGUGUCUAAGCAAUCCAAGAUUACUAGUACAAUCAUCUAUGACAAUCAAUCAACCAAUUACAUGGUCAAUCAUUUGAGGCCUUCCUCGAGUUAUAGAGAUAAAGCGAUGGAGGUGGAUGUAAAGAUUGUAGGGUCAGAAGCCAUGAUCCGUGUUCAUUCCCCGGAUGUUAAUUAUCCAGCUGCAAGAUUGAUGGAUGCACUUAGAGAACUUGAGUUUCAAGUUCAUCACGCAAGUGUGUCAAGCAUCAACGAGAUGGUGCUUCAAGAUGUGGUGGUCAAUGUUCCUGAAGGAUUGACAAGUGAAGAGUUUAUGACAAGUGCUAUUUUUCAAAGAAUGCAGAAUUAAGGCAGCUUUCCGAAGGAAUACCUCACCUGGAACGAUACAGGAGAUGUUGCCCAAGUAAUUCAAGGGAAUGCAUACAGAACAUCAUCUUAUGUGAAGCUACUCAUAAAAUACUAUCAACAUUAUAUCAUAAAAUCAAUGUAUGUAUAAUGGUUGCCCUGCAACCACUGAUUAUGAUGGACUCCAAAUGAGUCCACUACCUACAACCCGUUUGCUUUUCCUACCAAUUUUGUGCCAGUUUUCUUUGCACUUUGCAGUAGUACCUAAGUUCACAAGGAACAUCUAUGUGAAAAAGCAAGUUCUGAAUCCAUUAUUAUAGUUUUUG